AUAAUUGCCUUCCGAAGGAGUGGCUGAAGUGUUUCGACAUCACUAUACCGGCGUGAAACAUAUAGAAGCUAAAGCUACUAGAUGUUGGUUUGCCGCUGCAUCCAGGCAGUGGGGAUUUGUAAUUAUUAAAGGGAACACUCGUCAAUCCCCAUACUAAAGUAAAGCUCCGCGGUUCCAACAUGGCUUACUACGACUAUGUCUCCAAAGAGCAACUGGCGGGCUUCGACAAAUACAAGUACAGCGCAGUCGACUCCAACCCCCUGUCCGUCUACGUCAUGCACCCCUUCUGGAACUCUGUCGUCAAGGUCUUGCCGACAUGGCUGGCUCCAAACCUCAUUACCUUCACAGGAUUCAUGUUCCUGGUUCUUAACUUCCUCAUGCUGGCCUUCUACGACUAUGACUUCAUUGCUUCUGCUCACGAACACGUCCACGUGCCCAGCUGGGUGUGGUUUGCUGCCGGUCUCUUCAACUUCUUGGCCUACACACUUGACGGCGUGGACGGCAAGCAGGCGCGCCGCACCAACUCCUCCACGCCCCUAGGGGAGCUGUUCGACCACGGCCUGGACAGCUGGGCCUGCAUCUUCUUCGUGACCACCGUGUACUCCAUCUUCGGCCGCGGCGAGACGGGCGUGAGCGUGGCCACACUCUACUACAUCCUGUGGGUGGUGCUGUUCUCCUUCAUCCUCUCCCACUGGGAGAAGUACAACACGGGCAUCCUGUUCCUGCCCUGGGGCUACGACGCCAGCCAAGUGACCAUCUCCAUCGUCUACAUCGUCACCGCCGUGGUCGGUGUGGAAACGUGGUACAAGCCAAUACUGUGGCACUUCCACUACAGGGACAUGUUCUCCAUCAUGAUCGUAGCCUGUUCCUUCACUGUGACCCUGCCCAUGAGCCUGUACAACGUUCUAAAGGCCCACCGCAACAACACGCUGAAGCACAGCAACCUGUACGAGGCCUUCCUGCCCUUCCUCUCCCCCGUGCUGCUGUUUGUCCUCUCCACCGUCUGGGUGGUGUUCUCCCCCUCCCAGAUCCUGGAGCUGCAGCCCCGCGUCUACUACCUCAUGGUGGGGACGGCCUUCGCCAACGUCACCUGUAAGCUGAUCGUGUGUCAGAUGAGCAACACGAGGUGCCACGCCCUCUGCUGGCUGCUGCUGCCCAUGACGGGGGUGGUGGGGCUGGCCGUCACCGGGACGGUGACCGACGAGACCAUGCUGCUGUACUGCUGGACGGCCGUGGUCAUCCUGGCACACAUACACUACGGCGUGUCGGUGGUCAACCAGCUGAGUGACCACUUCAACAUCUUCGCCUUCUCGUUGAAAAAGCCCAACAGCGACUGACAGGAGGAGGAGCGAAUCGGCCUGAAGGAAGCAGUGGUCUAAGUUCCUCUUCUCAGUGACGAAAACCGACACUUCACUCUCUUUAUCACCACAGAAACCACAUCCUCCCCUCUCCUCUAGCCACAAGGACUACCCUGCAAGUGGAGCGAACUGGGCCCCAGUCUCCUCCCCCUUCUCUCCCCUCUCCCCCAGCCAUUAACCCCCGCCCCAAUCCCAAUACUGAGAACAGUUCUAACCAAUCGGACACCGGGGCGAGGAGCUCUGCCCUCAUGUCAUUGGUGAAGCAUUGGCUAGAUUGGACGAGGGCAAUGAGGUGCACUUGUUUCCUACGGAAAUGUGCUUCAGUCGUAAGGACGGAAGCCCUGACCAGACACAACACAUAGAUGCACACACGCUACCACGCCCACCCCACUCACACACGCUCUGCAUCCAUAACUUAAACAUUCAAAGAAUAUAUCGCGAUCCGCCUCCGUGCAGAUUGUCCUUUUUAUUUUCCGAAAGCCCACACGCAGGGCACAUUCAAAGACACGCAGAAGGAAUACCAGUAUAUUGUCCGACAUUGGAAACCCACUUUAGUAUUACGAAUGUAUAUGAUCGCCUUUUUCGUCGAAACUCCAUUUCAGUUUAUUUUCGUUUCGCCGAAGGGCGCCGUUUCAGCCCUCUUAAUUCAUCGCCGGACAUAUAGAUGUGGAUCGAGCAGCUUAAAAAGGACACGGCGGGCCUUAAAUUCAAAUGUUUCACAGACUGCCAGCGUCCAUAAUGACGCGGCGCUAAUGAACGAACCGCGUUUCGCUCCCGCUCAGAAGUAUUUGCUGUCAUGCGUUCAUGACAGCUCCCCCUCCCUGCGUUGCUAUGGGUUCUCUCUCUAGUUUAAUUUGAUGGCCCAAUUAAAAAUGAGUUGCAGAGCUGUUUACUUUGGCACGGCCAAUCAAGUUUACCAUUAAUUUAGACCUAUUUAUUUGUUUCUUUUUACCUGAAAUAUAUGCGUGUAUGUGUGUACUUGUAUGUAUGUUUGUAUACAUACACACAUACCCAUAACUGACUCGCUGUUGUUUGACACAGGAGUUGGGGGGACUUUUAAAAUAUAUAUUUAAUUUAUUAUAAAAAAUAUGAUUUGAUUCUUUGGUCUUGUGUCGAGAAGCAAGAAGACGGCUCUGUAACUCUACUUCUAGCGUGCGGUUGGAUACAUAUAGUUCAUGGCACUACCAGGUGAUCUAUCUGUGUUUUUUGUUGCCCGGCUGGCAGUUUGUCAUCCCAUUGUGGAUGUAGGUGAUAUUUGGCCAUGCCUUGUCCUUUAAAAUAAAGAAGAAUAAAAGUCAUCUUUUAUAAACAUCUAAUCUACGAAGCGAGAAUCUUUCAAAACGGUUGUAUCUAGCAAAUAUUAAACAAUAUAAAUGUAUAUCUCUAUGCCAUUAUAUAAAUUGUUGGGGCGUUCCUUAUUUUUCAAAACGAAAGAAAUCCAGAAAAUGUUUAGGAAGAAAUUUAAUGAGUUAUAGGACCGCUGUAUAAAUAUUAUAGGAUUAAUUUUUAGGUUAAGGCAAGUUUUUACAGCUUGUCGGUACAAAGUAUGCAGUUUGUGAAGAUGAGUUAGCAAUAUGCUAACAAAAGCUAUUGGGGGGGGGGGGGGGGGGGGGGG